UCUGCGAUUAUGUACCUCCGAAAGGUUCGAUUUGAACGGUUUCUAACGCAGCAGCAGCAGGAACCCAAACAGCAGAAGCAUCCAAAACCAAGACAGGCAGCAAGUGUAGUAGUGACGGCAGCAGUAGCUCGGUGCUAGUGCAAUGGUGCUCAGCACGGAGUGGUCUCAGGUGGAGAUUAUAGAUCUUAUCAACGAUGGUAACGGGCUCGGGUUCAUGCUGGUCGGUGGCCGCAGUACGGGUGUGGUGAUAAAGGCGCUCAUACCCGGCUCCGUCGCAGAACGGGACGGUCGGCUACAGAGCGGCGACCACGUGCUACAAAUCGGUGACGUCAAUCUGCGCGGGUUUAGCUCGGAACAGGUCGCCACCGUGCUGCGGCAGUCUGGCCAGCAGGUGCGCCUGAUAGUGGCACGCCCUGUCGAACCAACCUCGCCCGACUAUCAGGCGCUCGCCAGCCAUGCACCGAUCAUCCCGACGAAGAUGCUCACCGAUCCGGACGAGCUGGACCGCACGCUGCUCCAAACGGCCGGCUAUACGUCCGGUGCCUUCCUGCAGCCGGGUGGAGCGGGGCUUGGCAAUUUGGCACCGGCGGCGCUUGGACUGUUGGCAGCGACCACAACAACCACAGCCAGCACCGGCGAUCCCGCAGGCGGUGGUGUACUCUGUCCGACGCACAUCGAAGUCGUCGCCGUUAACAACAGUCUGAACAGCAACGGGACGGUCGGCUCGCUCGAAUCGACCAACGGUGGCACGAUGGCCCUCAUUUCACCCACCUCCAUCGCACUGCCCGCUUUGCCUCCACACCAGCUGCACUGUCAUGCGAUAUCAGCCGUCACCUCGCUGCUGGCAGAUAAUGGAGACGCAAUGGUGUCCGGCGAGCUGCUCGGGACGCCUCAAUCACCGCAGUACAGUGAGCUAGACGGAGCUCCUCCCGACACGCCCGAGACGGAAACGUACGAGGUAGAGCUGCGCAAGAACGUUUACGGCCUGGGCAUCACCGUGGCGGGCUAUGUCUGCGAAGAGGAAGACCUGUCCGGCAUCUUUGUCAAGAGUAUCAUCGAGGGUAGUGCGGCGGAGAUGAGUGGCAAGAUAGCGAUAAACGAUCGGAUAGUCGCCGUUGACAACCGAUCGUUGGCGGGCGUCACCAACCAUCAAGCGGUCGAGAUACUGCGCAACACCGACAUUGCGGUGCGAUUAACGCUGGAGCGGUUUCUACGUGGCCGAAAGUACGAGCACCUGCAGGUUGCCCUCAUUGAUCCGAUGGUACCGACGGCUUCGGUACAAAGCAGUACUACGGCAAACGUUGCAUCCUCCUGUCACGCCAGUCACGCCGCCGGUCCUGGUGAACGGGGACGAAGUAACGGAACAAUAUACACAACGUCCCAUCCCAGCAGAGUCGGUAGUGGUGGUGAUCUAGUGGGGAUGGUACUAUCGCACUCGCAGACACUCUCGCACUGUGCUUCACAGUGCCAAUCACAGCGCUGCUCGAUCGUACAGUCACCAUCGGCGACGACACUGUCCAUCUGCCCUGCCCGCUCGGACGCCGACUCCAUACUGACCGAGUGCGGUGGGUACGAGUGUGGCGGUAUCGAGCCAGAGCUCGAAUCGGGCACCACGUUCGACUCGAGUGUGUUCGCACUAGAGAACGGUACCGAGGCACCAUCCGGCGACGAGCUGCUGCUCGACGGAGACGAUGAACCGCACGAAACGGACGAACACCGAGCGCUGUACGCGAACGGGUCGGUGUUGGCGAUGGCACUGUCCGCCACCACACCACCACUGACAACCGCCGACAGUGACAGCUGUGAUACACGAACGGCGCGCGGCCGCAACGCAGGAGACGAACCGGAUCCGGUGGUGCAGCGAUGGUCACGGGAAGUGCCCCACAGCCAGAUAGUAGUCGCCGACAUCCGUAAGCUUGCCGGUCUCGGGAUAAGUCUCGAGGGUACGGUCGAGGUGGAGGGUGGUGUGGAGGUACGUCCCCAUCACUACAUCCGCUCGAUCCUCGAGGAUGGGCCAGUCGGGCGGGACGGGCAGCUAAAGCCGGGCGAUGAACUCCUGCAGGUGAACGAGCACAGGCUCCAGGGCCUAAAGCACAUCGAGGUGGUGAAGAUACUGAAGGAGCUGCCGGCACAAGUGCGCGUAAUCUGUGCACGCGGCAGUUCACCCCCCACUGUGAUCAACACAUCCCGCAAUGCGGAAGCAUUCGAGGCGCGCAGCAUACUGGCGGGCGGGCUGCAGAGCCUCCAGAGUCUGCAAGGCAUCCUGACGAAGGCGCAGUCGGAAAGCUCGCUCUACACGUCCAGCACGGCCACCCUCACCGACCAGCAGCGUUCCAAGUCGGUGGAGCAGGUGUCGGGGCUGGCACUGUGGACGAACGAGGUGCUCUACUGUGACAUCGAGAAGACGGAGCGUGGCUUCGGGUUUUCCAUACUCGACUACCAGGAUCCGCUCGACACGGACGGUACGGUGAUUGUGGUGCGCGGGCUCAUACCGGGCGGUUCUGCCGAAACGACCAAUUUCAUCUUUCCCGGCGAUCGGCUCGUCUCCGUCAAUGGGCACAGCCUGCAGAACGCUACCCUGGACCAGGCGGUUAGCAUACUGAAGGGUAUACCGCUCGGACCUGCCCGGAUCGGGCUAUGCCGGCCGUUAUCGACGUCGGACAACAACCUGUCCUCGACACCGGAAACACCUACCACCUAGCCAGUCCGGUCGCGAGACGCACGCAGCCGCAGAUAUCCAACGUCCUCUCCAACAUUCUUC